AUGGCAACACAUCUGGAGGCUGGCCCCCCUAGUUUGUGCCCACCCUCGCCCAGUGUCAGCAACACCCCACCACCGCAGAGGGAGCUCAAUAUCGAAGAUGUGGCUGUCUGUGCCAGCCCAGGCGAGUUCGUGCAGGCCAAGAGGAAGAACACGUUGAGCUCGAAAGACCAGGAGAGCAUAUGGAGCGCGCUGCGGAAAGUUGCCAUGGAGCAUCAGCUUGGACUUUCGCUGAACUUCAUGCUCUUGCUGGCUAUGAGCCAUGUCAUGUUUCCAUCGCUGAGGAACAUGACCAGUGCCUGCUUCACAUUAUCAUACCCCACCGAAGAGUCAGGCCAAUAUGGACAGGGACCGAGGGACAUGUACCUGGUGGGCAGCUGCAUCGUCUACUUCAUGGCGUUCCGAGCGUUCAUGCUGGAUUAUGUCCUCAUGCCAAUUGCUUCAUAUUGCGGCAUUGGGAGGCGGAAAGGCAGGGUCAGGUUUGCUGAGCAGGCCUACAUGCUGAUUUACUACACCAUCUAUUGGCUGUGGGGGCUGUAUCUGUUUGUUCAAGAUACGCCAUCGCACGUCAACAGCACCGAGAGCUUGUUGAUCUCUAUGUGGAGGGAUUUCCCAAGGUUGACCAUGCCCCUCGGCAUCAAGCUCUACUACCUCACGCAAUUCGCCUUCUGGAUACAGCAGAUUGUUGUCAUCCACCUGGAGGAGGCACGAAAGGAUCACUACCAGAUGUUGACUCAUCACUUCGUCACCUGCAUGCUCAUGCUCGGCAGCUACGGCUAUCGACAAUGGCGGGUUGGCAACGCCAUUCUGGUGUGCAUGGACAGCGUGGAUCUCGCAUUACCGCUGGCCAAGAUCCUGCGAUACCUUGGUCUGCAAACGGCCUGCGACUGCAUGUUCGGCGUCUUUGUCAUUACAUGGAUUGCUGCAAGACAUGUGGCUUAUAUGGCCAUUGUGUGGAGCAUCUAUGCGCACGUCAAUGUCAAGACGAUGCCUUAUGGCCUGUACUCGACAAUCACAGGCGAGCGUUUGUCGACCUCAGGUGGCCAGAACCUGAUGGACAACCUGAUGCAGCCACUCUCAAGGCCGGACGCGAAAACGAUAUCGUUCAACGCCAACAUCAAGACCCUCUUCCUGAGUCUCCUGAUGGCACUGCAAGCCAUCACCAUUGUGUGGUUCGUCAUGAUCGUUCGAGUGGUCAUUCGUGUAAUCCGCGGCCAAGGCGCAGACGACACACGCAGUGACGGUGAAGACGAAGAGGACGAGGAACUCGAGAACGGGCCCUUCCAACCCUCAAAGCCCACAGUCCCCAUCACCGCCGAAGCAGAAAAGCCCCGCUUCAUCGAAGUCGAGACGACCUCCGAGGAGGUCACCUGGCCGACCCGCAAAGGCAGCACCAGCAACAGCCGGAAGAAAUCCAAGGGCAUCUCCAGCGGACUGAAUCUCGGCGAGCACAAGGAGAUUCUUAAUCGGAUUGGUUGUCUCAGCGAGGAACAGCUUGCGCGGGAAAGGGAGAAGCGCACGGAUAGUGCCAGUCCGCGGCCGCAGAGCGCGGGUAAGAGAUGA